UGACCGGAAAAGAGAAGUGCCACUGCGGACUUGACCGAGGAUCAACGCUAGAAACUCUACAUCGAGGAACAGGGCAGAACUCGGAGUCCCGGCCGGGUCCGAAGCUCGUUGGUAGACCCGGGUUUCGUUUCUAAUCCCAGCGCACGAAGGUUCUGACCCGAUCUUGGCGCUGUAAAUGGUUCGGCCGACAAGGCGCGCCACUCUCGGGGUCACAGCAUGAGGAGGUGGUCGGGAGCGGGGGGGUGAGUGCCCGGACCAGUGAGUGACCACCGCGUCUGAGGAAGACGAAGAUGAAGGGACGAGGAAGACUCUUACUGGACCUCUGCUUCCUGGUUCUGUUGACCGGAACCUCCCUGGGCAGAGACAGGCAGACGGAACAUCUGGCCUCCUACCAGCUAACAGUCCCGCGUCCCCUCGGAGGACGGCUGCGGAGGGAGGCUGACGGAGCUCCGGCCAGUCAACUCUCCUUCGUUGUCCCCCUGUUAGGUCGUGAUCAUGUGAUCCACCUGAGCAAAAACAGGCUCCUGCUCUCUCCAGACUUCAGAGUCUUCACCUACAGCAAGAAUGGCUCUCUGCUCACUCACUCUCCACCCGUCCAGAAUCACUGUCACUAUCAAGGCUUUGUCCAAGACAUGGACGGUUCCUCUGUUGCCAUGAGUGUGUGUGACGGCCUAAGAGGAGUUCUGCACCUGGCCGAUGACAGUUAUGGGAUCGAGCCACUGGAUUCUUCUCCCCCCAACCAUAUCUUGUACCGUCUACAGGAUGUGACAUCACAACCAUGGGGCUGUGGUGUACCUCACACACAAAACAGCAACAUGAACCAGAGUCAAGAAGUUCAUAAACUGCACACUCGGGUGAGGCGAGCAGUUCUUCAUCGGACUCACUAUGUUGAGCUUCUGCUGGUGGUCGACAAUGAGAGGGUGACACACUCACUCACUCACUCACACACACACACACACACACACACUGACACUCACAGUGGCAUCACUGGUGUGUUUGUAUUGCAGUUCAGUUUUAUGAACAAGAACGAGACGGCGGUGAGAGAGGAAAUGAUUCUUUUGGCCAACUACAUCGAUGGAAUCUACCAGCAGCUGAAUGUGCGAGUGGUUCUGGUUGGUUUGGAGAUUUGGAAUCAGCAGAACCGCAUCAGUACUGAGGGAGGAGCCCAGGACGUCCUGAGCCGCUUCACCCAGUGGAGAGAGAGAGAGCUGCUUCCUCGUCGCCGCCAUGACUCUGCUCAGCUCAUCUUGAAGAAGAGUUUCGGCAUCACUGCUGGGAUGGCGUUUGUGUCCACUGUGUGCUCGCGAACCCAUGGCGGCGGCAUCAACACGUUCCCCAACAACAACGUUGCAGCGUUCUCCUCCAUCGUGGCUCAUGAGCUCGGUCACAACCUCGGAAUGAACCAUGAUGAUGGCCGCUCCUGCACCUGCCCCUCCUCUGCCUGCAUCAUGAAUUCUGGUGCCACAGGAUCCAGGAACUUCAGCAGCUGCAGCGCGGAUGACUUUGAGAAGAUGAUCCUGGCGAGCGGCGCCUCAUGUCUGCUGAACGUACCUCGUCCUGACGAGGCCUACAGCGCCCCCUACUGUGGGAAUGGACUGGUGGAUGUUGGAGAGGAGUGUGACUGCGGGUCCCAGCAGGAGUGCGAGGGCGACCCGUGCUGCGAGUUCCACACCUGCAGACUCCGGCCUGGAGCUCAGUGUGCCGUUGGAGAGUGCUGCCGCUCCUGCCAGUUCCUACCAGCCGGGUCGGUGUGUCGCUCCAGCACCGACGAGUGCGACCUACCAGAGUUCUGUAACGGCUCAUCGUCGCUGUGUCAGAGCGAUGUGUCUGUCCAGGAUGGACAGCCAUGCAGACAGGGACAGGCCUUCUGCUAUAACGGGAAGUGUCAACACUACGAGGGACAGUGCCGGACACUGUUUGGACCUAAGGCGAGGACGGCGCCCUCCAUUUGCUUCGAGGACAUCAACAGCAUUGGCGAUCGUUUUGGAAACUGUGGCUACCAUAACUAUGGAUACAAGAAGUGCGAACGACGGAACGCUCUGUGUGGGAAGCUGCAGUGCACCAAUGUGGAAGAGGUGCAGGCCUUCGGUAUCAAACCGUCUGUCAUCACCACACCCAUCGGUGGAGCCACGUGCUACGGCGUCGACUUCCGGCUUGGAUCCGACGUUGCCGACCCAGGAAUGGUCAACGAAGGGACCAAGUGUGGAGAGGAUAAGGUGUGUAUGAACUUCGAGUGUCGCAGCGUGGACGUCCUGAACUUUGACUGCGACGUUGAGGUCAAGUGCCACGGUCAUGGGGUGUGCAACAGCAACAAGAACUGUCACUGUGAUGAGGGCUGGGCUCCACCCACCUGUGAGCAGCGAGGCUAUGGCGGCAGUGUGGACAGCGGGCCAACAUGGAAUGACAAGGACACGUCCCUCAGAGACGGCCUGCUGGUCUUCUUCCUCCUGAUUUGUCCGCUAGCCGGUCUCGCCGUCUUCUUCUUCCUGCGGAGGAACCAACUUGUGUCGAGACUGAGGCGCCACAAGAGACACCAGGCUGACGGUGCUUCAUCAUUAAACAGAGCCCCUCCUUCACGCGCUCCUUCAUCCUCCGUCACCCGGGGCAACGGCAACAACAACAUCAGAGAGGGGCAAAAUGUUCAGCUGCUCCAUCCACAGCAACUGGAGGCGGAGCCAAACAGGACCAUGCCCACCUUUGCCACACGGCCACCUCCCCCUCCCCUGAAACCAAAACCACCGGUGCAGCCUGUGAUGCCUCUGAGACCCGCCCCUCCCCCACCUGUGUAGCGCCAGGUGGUCCUGCAGUGUUUGCUGCUCAGCACUGAAUCAUAGGAAUGUAACCAACGCAGAGCUAACUAGAUCAGACUUCCGCUGGGAAUCACGUUCACGCACCUCAGGUGUUCCUCAGGAAGCAAGACUUGCCCUCACAGGAGUGACGUGACGCAAGAGCCCGUGAUGUCACCACAUACUUGCUCCUUUUCUGCGGCGAAGACAUCACCAACGUGAGGCCAUCGUGCCAAUGCCAUGUCUGUGGUCGCCCCUCUGGAGAGCUGUGACAGCUGGCACUCACUGGCAAGCUUCCUGUGGGGCUGCGAUUCCUCCUUCAUCUGAUCGCUCUUUGUGAUGUCGCUGUGAUUUCAUGUCAUCCGAGAUGUUGAUUGAGAUAGAAAAAAUCACAAACAUGUUUAAUAAUGAAAACAAAUAAAUAAACUUUUGUCCUUGUAACUGGUGAUGUCUC